UCCACGCAAGAUGAUAGUGGUUGAUAGAUCGUGAACGCAUACGCAACGAUUCGGUCAUCGCUUCACCGUCAUCGGGCUCAUGCAGUACGCGCCCAUCAAAACGGGAAGUCCGUGUUCAGGAAUUAUACAAGGAAAAAAACUUCUUUUCUUGCGAGGCAAAGGGUGUCAGCAACACACUUCCAAGAACGAGAAUCUGUAAUCUGUGUAUUCCUGUUGGUGGAGGAAAAGCAGAGACUGGAGCUACUGCGAGGCUAAGAUGUCUCUCAACACUUCCGUGAGAUAAAGAAUAGCCACACUACAAACACAAACAAACGGAAGCUUUCGGAGAUACUUGCAAGUCGUGUGACUGUGACAGUGCCCGUUGCAGCAGUAAACGAAACCCGAACGAUGGCACUGGCAAGAAACCUACAGCUAGAAAAUGAUACCUCAGUCAACACCGGAUACCACACUAAGGCACAGUCGAUGUCGGCGAGCGGCGGUGAUACGAUCGCCGGCCUAAACAACUCGGGCACCGGGACCGGCAAGUCAGAUAGCGCUAAGGGCAGCAGUCUUUCCAAUAUCUCGGCGUCAUCCAUCAAACGAACAGACAACGGUGGCGAUGAUGACGACUCGAGUGUCUUCGAUAGCAGUAGUAGCGAUACCGAGUGUGACGAUGAUUCUAUCAAGCGAGCGAUUGAUCGUAUCCCUGGUACACUGGCACCGGGGGAGGCACGCGUGCUCCCGAACGCGAACGUUAAGGUUGCCGUGGAAGCCAUCGCUCCCGGGGUACGGCCAAGCCCGGCUGCAUCCACGAUCGGGGCGAUCGCGGUCCACAACUCGUCGGACAUCACGUUCGGCAACAAAACGUACAUCAAGGGGCAGGUUGUUAUAAAGAACAUCUACCAGGAUCGUAAGAAUGGGACCACCAACCAGGGAUAUCAGGUUCAGGAAAAUGAAACCGACGAUACAAAUUCCACUAAAAAAGUACCUUCCGCAACCAAACCUCCCGAGCCACGCACCUGGCAAUCUAGUCUUAAGACAAUUAUAAAGGAUAAACCCUUGCUCAGCUUUAUCGUAAUGGUAUCGCUGAUGAUUGUCCUGUGUGCCAUUGUAGCGGUCAUAUCGAUCCUCACCGCGUCAGGUAAAGCUAGAUUUAGGCUCCCCGUAGGCGACGGCGACGACAAUCGUCAAAAUAUUCCGCAGGACAAGGAUAUAGAGGAUGAUCUAUUUCCAGAUCCGAGACCGUUACGGUUAGUGACGAGAACGGAAUGGCUGGCGCAACCGCCCAGAGAGGAAUUGACCGAUCUGAAACUGCCGGUUAAUAACGUCAUCAUUGCUCACACUGCCACCGAAGGUUGCACUACUCAGCAAGCAUGCAAAGCACUAGUGCAAUCAAUUCAAAGGUAUCACGUAAACCACACCAACUACGGUGAUAUCGGUUACAACUUUUUGAUCGGUGGUGACGAAUUUGUGUACGAGGGCCGCGGAUGGCUUAAAGUUGGAGCCCACACCAAAAAUUACAACACGAUCAGCUACGGGAUAGCAUUCAUCGGUAACUACGAGACUAAGGAUCGACCGACGGAACAGCAGAUGGAACAGUUGGUACUGCUGCUUCGCAACGGUACCGACGGCGGAUGGCUUGCCAAGGAGUACAAGCUGUGCGGUGCCAGCCAGCUGAAGGGCACCAUCAGCCCGGGCAAAUAUCUAAUGGAACAGCUGAGGCUUUUGCCACAUUUUAGUGAACGUUUGUGUGGCAUGCAUUGCUCGUUUCAGGCCGCAUGCCGUUUGCGGGUGCGCUUAAUUCAGGAGUUUCAUAUGGAUGGCAAAAACUACGACGAUAUAACGUACAACUUUCUAAUCGGUGGAGAUGGACAUAUCUACGAGGGUCGAAAUUGGCACAAAAUUGGUGCCACCAUUCCCGGUUACAAUUCCCGCAGCAUAACGGUGGCCUUUGUGGGAGAGUACAAUUACGGUGGCAAACCUACUAAAAAGCAAAUCGAGCUGUUGAAAUAUCUACUGCACUUUGGUGCAAAGGAGCGGCAUCUAAAGGAAGGUUACCGAAUAUAUGCCUCGGAGCAGCUGGAUCCAACGGUUGGGACGGGCAAGUGGCUAAUCGAAGCACUGCACAGCUUGCCCCAGUUUGUCGAUAAGGAGCAAAAUAAGGACGAGCAGCCCGAUCACGAGUAUUACUCUACGAAAUGCAUGUAUCAGGUAAAGUUGAUCCAGGAGUUUCAUUCAAGUCCCGACUCGAGGAACUUCAGCGACAUCGCGUAUCAAUUUCUGGUGGGUGGUGAUGGCAACGCGUACGAGGGUAGAGGAUGGACAAAGCAAGGAGCGCACACGAAAGGGUUCAACGUGGACAGCAUCUGCAUCGCGUUCAUUGGAACAUUCAUCGCGGAUCCGCCACCGAUCGCUCAGCUCAGUGCUGCGAAGCAGCUCAUACUGCUAGGUAUGAAGGAAAACUAUCUUGCCUCCAACUACAGCCUGUACGGCCACCGACAGCUGGCACCGUUUGAGAGUCCGGGCAAGGCACUGUUUGAUAUCAUCAAAACUUGGCCCCACUGGUCGAACAAGCUGGGGUCCAAUCACUGGGUCGAACCGGCGAACGACACCACAAACCGACGAUGACGCAGGAAACGACUUGCCCCCAUCACCAUUCCUCCCCCCAAGUGUCCUUGAUGACUUCCUCUCUCCUUCUCUCUCUCUUGAACCGGAAAAAGAGAACCAAAAAGACUGUGAUGAUGAAAAUAAUCGAAUAAACAUUUUAAAUAUGGUGUAAUUUA